GGCCCGGGCCGGAAUUGGGGGUGAAGCCACAGCGUUGUGCCCACAUUCGGGGCGCGCGGAGCUGGGGGUCCCUGGGGGGGCGCCCGAAGUUAAGAUGGCGUCCGCAGCGGAGGGGGACGUGGGAACGAGGACUGAGCUGUCGGGGGUGCUGCUGUCGGCUUUCGAGGAGCUGAGCCUUAACAAGUUGGCUACGUCCCUGGGCGCGUCGGAACAGGCUCUGCGGCUCAUCAUCUCCAUCUUCCUGGGUUACCCUUUGGCUUUGUUUUAUCGACAUUACCUUUUCUACAAGGACAGCUACCUCAUCCAUCUCUUCCACACCUUCACAGGCCUCUCAAUCGCUUAUUUUAACUUCGGGAACCAGCUCUACCACUCCCUACUAUGCGUCCUGCUCCAGUUCCUCAUCCUGCGACUGAUGGGCCGCACUGUCACUGCCGUCCUCACUACCUUCUGCUUCCAGAUGGCCUACCUUCUCGCGGGAUACUAUUACACCGCCACCGGCAACUACGAUAUCAAGUGGACAAUGCCGCACUGUGUCCUGACGCUGAAGCUGAUUGGUUUGGCUGUUGACUACUUUGAUGGAGGGAAAGAUCAGAAUUCCUUGUCCUCUGAGCAGCAGAGAUAUGCCAUACGGGGUGUCCCUUCCCUGCUGGAAGUUGCUGGUUUCUCCUACUUCUAUGGGGCCUUCUUGGUAGGGCCCCAGUUCUCAAUGAACCACUACAUGAAGCUGGUGCAGGGACAGCUGACUGACAUACCAGGGAAGAUACCAAACAGCACCGUCCCUGCUCUCAAGCGCCUGAGUCUGGGCCUGGUCUACCUGGUGGGCUACACCCUGCUCAGCCCCCACAUCACGGAAGACUACCUCCUCACCGAGGACUACGAAAACCGCCCUUUCUGGCUCCGCUGCAUGUACAUGCUGGUCUGGGGCAAGUUCGUGCUGUACAAGUACGUCACCUGUUGGCUGGUCACGGAAGGAGUGUGCAUUCUGACGGGGCUGGGCUUCAAUGGCUUUGAAGAGAAGGGACAGGCCAAGUGGGACGCCUGUGCCAACAUGAAGGUGUGGCUCUUUGAAACAACCCCACGCUUCACUGGCACCAUCGCCUCUUUCAACAUCAACACCAACGCCUGGGUGGCCCGUUACUUCUUCAAACGACUCAAGUUCCUCGGAAAUAAGGAGCUGUCCCAGGGUCUCUCGUUGCUCUUCCUGGCCCUCUGGCACGGCCUACACUCAGGCUACCUGGUCUGCUUCCAGAUGGAGUUCCUCAUCGUAAUUGUGGAAAGACAGGCUGCCAACCUGAUCCGCGAGAGCCCAGUGCUGAGCACCCUGGCCUCCAUCGCCGUCCUGCAGCCCAUGUACUACCUGGUGCAGCAGACCAUCCACUGGCUCUUCAUGGGCUACUCCAUGACUGCCUUCUGCCUCUUCACAUGGGACAAGUGGCUGAAGGUGUACAAGUCCAUCUAUUUUCUUGGCCACGUCUUCUUCUUGAGCCUCCUGUUCAUAUUGCCUUAUAUUCACAAAGUAAUGGUGCCAAGGAAAGAGAAGCUCAAGAAAAUGGAAUAAUCUAUUUCCCUGGUGGCCUCAGCAGAACUGGUGCAGAAGCGACUGUCCCCCUCGUCACAGCACUCCCGCGCCCCAGCACCAGGACAGAGGAGCCGGAGGCUGGAAGACAUGGCCCUCGCAGCUGUGCCUCUGCCGCCCAAGUCUUCAUCUGGGGCCAAAGGGGAAACUCUUGUGGGAGGAGCGGAGGGGCCCGUGGCCUCUCAGGGCUCCCCCCUGCACGUUGCCUUAUCUCCCCUCUAGCCAGGAAUCUGUUGCGUCCUCCUGCCAACUCACUAUGAUUGUAUACGUGCCACCGCCACCGCCCCCCUGUGGGGGGAGGGGGGCACGAGGCCCUGCCUGCUCCACUUUUUCUACCUUGGAACCAGAUAAAGUCACUUGUUUGUUCAGGUUUUCA